AUGGGAGUCGCUUCUUUGCCUAAUUUGGAAAUGGUUGUGUGCCACGCGAGCGUAGACAGCUUCACUUCCAUCAACACCGUCCCCGCCCUGCGCGCCGCAUUGGGCAAGAAAUUGGGGGAAAUUAUUUGGAGCGGAGUGAAGGUGUUUCCGUCGAGAGUUGAGAGCCUGCGUGCCAGGGGGAGCGUCAAGGGAGAGCUGGGAGAGCUGGGAGAGCGUCUGGAGGGGGUGCGCCCACAGGUCCACCUCCGACUCGCAUCCUCGUACUUUUCCUCAAUCACUCCGCAUAGGUCGUCCAGUGCACUCAGCGCGUCAAGGAGUGCGGUCAACGAAGACUCGUUGUCUGGAGAAAAGAAGUGGAUAGCAGUGGGUCUUGCAGCGUAUAAUUCUCUGAACGUCCAACGAAGAAAAGGUUAUAGCCACAGUGGUGGAAAGAAGGGGAGGGCGUUUGAGCCCUGGAGACAGACAAGAUUCGCCGUGCAACACAGUUUCACUCGCAAAAGAGUAGAGUUUGGGAUAAAUAAGGGUAACACCGCCGUGGGUUGUAACCCUCUGGCAACGAGUUCAGGCGAGCAGAGAGAGGUUGAGCCCUGCAGUCACGCCUUGCACGACUCUAUAUGCAUGAAUACCUCGUUCAUUGAACUUGAGCACGUGGUCGUGCAAGGGCUCAGACGUCCUCUCUGGUUCACCUCUAACGGUAAACUUAAACGCACGUUAGGCGCGUUUAACAGCUCAGUAAUCACCAUCGGCGCAUCGUACCGAGGCGAACAGUAUAGCAGGUGCAUGGCCGAACGGUUGGAGCAGGGAUGGAAAAGAGCAGGAAGAGGUGAAAAAAAGGGUUUCCACUCACCUGUACCCGCAAAAUUCCACCUUUGGGCUGCACACGAAUAUCAAAAACGAAUAGAGAAUGAUAGUAGGUUAGAGAGUGUAAAGGGGUAUGAGGAGGUGCAGAUGCACCUGGGAGCUGUACAUUGCGGUGUUGUAAGUAGAGCUGGUGUGAGGGGCGUGAAGAGGACGCACGAUUGUGAUCUUGUUCAUUGCGAGUGGCAACUCGAAAUCCUGAGAAAUGAGACAGCUGUCCCAAAAUGGCGGGUCGCGGAAUGUCCGGAGAGUGAAUUGGGAGGCGGCCGCGGACGGAAGGUACUUGGACAUGAUCGAGUGCCCAUAAGGAUUACCAAAAGGGGACAUGGACUUGUAGUCCCAUCGCCCCCCCAGACAUAUAUAACCCCUCCAUCCUAUCCGUCCAAU